GGUGGCUACGGCCAGUACAACCCUUAUGGCGAGCAGGGCUACAACCAGAACCCCUACAACCAGGCCAAUGACGUGGAGCAGGGCCAGGGCAAUGGCACCUACGAGAUGAACGCGAUCGCCGAGCAGCCGGCCGACCCCACCACGCUGCUGAACAAGUGCAGAGAGAUCAACGAUGGGAUCGCAGACCUGAAGGCCAAACGCGAGGGCCAGCUCGCGGCCGCCCAGAACGCGAUGCUCGACUCCAGCACCGGGAAGGAGGACCAGGUCGCCCGCCAGACUCUGGACUACAUCGAGGACGAGAUCAACAACGGCUUCCGCUACCUCCGUGACCUGAUGAAGAAGAUCAAGCAGACUCCGGGCUCGGGAGACAACCGCGUCCAGACCCAGGUCGACGUCACCAGCCGCAACCUCCGCCGCGAGAUCGAACAGUACCAGCGGAGCCAGUCCGACUUCCAGAAGCGCUUGCGGGAGCAGGUUCGCCGCCGUUACGAAAUCGCCAACCCCGAGGCGACUCCCGAGGAGAUCGAGCAGGGUGUCGACAGUGUGCUGUUGGGCCAGGAGCAGAGCUUCCAGGUUACUGGUAGCCGUACCCGGCAGGCCAACGAUGCCCGACAGGCCGCUAUGGAGCGGUCGGCCGCCAUUCGCAAGAUUGAGCAGGAUAUGAUCGAGCUGAGCCGUCUGUACCAGGAGGUUGCGGAGCUCGUUGAAAUACAGGAGCCGCAUGUGAAUCAGAUCAGCCAGGACGCGGAGAACGUUGCCGGCAAUGUCGCACAGGCAAAUACCCAGAUCACGGAAGCGAUUGCCAGCGCUCGCCGGGCGAGAAAGUGGAAGUGGUAUGCCCUGCUUAUCAUCAUCCUCAUCAUUGCUAUCGUCGUCGGUGUUGCCGUCGGUGUCACCCAAGCAAACAAGGCUUCCAAGUGA